CAGGUUAUCCGUCGCCGUGGAGUUCUACAUUGUGGUCAAUAUUCAUAUGACCAGGUGAUCUUCUACUAGUGUAAUCGUCACACCCAUAACCUCAGCCGGGGCAAGUGCACUCUCACCACGUGACGGUCACUGUUGUCGAAGCCUUGCCCAAAAACAGCUUCAAGGACGAAACUUGAGGAUACAGCUGAAGACACAAUACCCAAGAUUGAUUGGAGACUUGAAUAUCCGCUUAUUUUCGCUGGUUUCAUUCAGAAAAAUGAUAUACCAGAAGAAUCAUCGGAGUCCUGCGACGGUGAAUCCUGGUCUUGAAGGCGAAGACCCCCCUCUGGACGAAGAUGUACCCAGUGGAAGGAGUACGGUAUCAUCGCGAGCACUAGAAAGUGGAGAAUGUGCGUCAAAUACAACAAGUAUUGGCUGUGUAUCGACAGCGCGUGGGAUGACCGCUGUUCCUGCAUCAAAUUCUACACAGUCCUUACCGGACUCCACCUCCCCCCCUUACCCACGAGGCGGCACUCUUGCCUGUCGCCCACCGCAACGUCAACUUAACGUACAACGACAGGCUUCCAGCAGCCAUAUCCGUGAUAUUAAUGCCUUAGUCGGGGACAUGAUCGCGUUCAACCCGCAAUGCGUCCUCCACAACUUAACUUCAAAACCGUACGUUCCAAGCCCACUACUGAGCGGACCAGGAAGAGAAAAGUCAAUCGUUGAUACAACGGAGUAUCGGUUCCAAGGGGAAAUGACACCCGAUGAGGACGAAAGUUUCUCCGAGAUUGCUGACAAGGACUGGGGUACUGAGGAGGAGUUGACGUUACAGAAGGCGAGAACGUCAAGUGGAAUCCAAAAAUAUGGCGUUAUGAGAUGGCGAAGCAGUGCUUUUGUCAAAGAAGAUCGCAGCGCGGGUCGACUUAAAGUCCCUACCGGACCUAUUCUUGGAAAGAAUCCUAAGUUGGGCUCACGAUAUACGUGUCUUAAUUGCAAGAAGGCUCGAGCAAUGUGCGACGGGAACAAGCCGUGCAGGAGGUGUGCGACCAGGCUAGAAACAUGGGAUUGCAUCUUCGAGACUAAAAAUACUACGUGCGGCGAUUCCAAGGGUAGCACGCACCGUACGGCUUCAGAGAGCCAUGUCUCUCCCGUAACCGAUCCUAAGGGACGCUCUUAUUGGAAACCAACUGUCAAUUCCUUUCAGUUUCCGGUCAGUGAAGGAAUCGAUGAUAAAUCUAUCCAGCGGCAAAAUUCAGAGAGCGAUAUCCAAAAUGUUUGCGAUGCUGAACCAUCCUUGGCUACUCCAGGAUCAUCUGGAAUACUGGCAACUCUCAGUGAAACUGCGAAGAGCAAUGCUGCUGCCCACAGCGCACAAGGCUCUAGUGAAAGCACAAUCGAAUGCAUGAUGGACAUCCGUAAAGUUUCUAAGCUGGCCUAUAACGUUGGUGUUAGUUGUCGCGGAGCUUGUGGGGGCCACGUUAUGUUAAGCAGCGAUAUUGAGAGCCUACAGGAGGUGCUUCGCCGUCUAGAAGACGAAUCCACAAGGCCAGAAUCGCUACUGAACCGACAAAAUAGCAGUCGAAAAGAAGGUCUGAAAACAUCACUCGAACAUUGCAGGAAGGUUCUUUCUGUACUCCAUGAUAUCUUUGAAAAAUAUAACACUGUGAGUGUGGACAAGCCACUACCACAACUAUGGAACUACAUUCAAUUUGGGAAGAGAAAGAUACAGAGCCCGAGCGAGUUUCGAGUCAAGAUAUCUACAUAUACUUUUGCUAUUACCCUACAACUCAACCUGAUUUCUGCAGGGUCCCAAGGACGAGCCGAACGAGAGAUUGGUGAUGCACUACCGGAAGUUCGAGAAUCACUUAGCUGGAUUAUAGCAAAACUAAGAGGCUAUGAAGGGUCAACACUUGAUUCUGAUUGUACAGACGACCAACCAAUUUGGAAGAAGCUUCGGAAGGAACUUAUAGAGGAAGGCUUCCCAAGUCCUCUCAUUCAGAAGCACAGGAAUAUGAUCAUACACUACAUCAUAGAACUUAGAGACAGAGGGCUGCUGGACGGCCUAGAAGCGUUAAAUGAACUUCUCGAAAGUAACGAGGAGCCUCACCAGCCAGAAAUCUCACCUCCAACCAAUUGCGAUCCUCCCGUCUCCAAAAGAACCCGUGUUCGUGCGGAUCAGACCGCCUUACAUACCAACCAAAGCGAAGGCUUGGAUAGAGACAUGUCAUCUUCUACUUCAUCCGACUACCACAGCAGCGAAUCAGAACAAAGUGGAAGUGAAGACACCUCCGACGAGCUUCUCUCACGCCUUGCGGAUGCCCAUGUUGACGAAGAGCAAUUUGUCACACCUAUGUUAGAUCCAGCUCGUCAAGCUAUGGUGGACCGAGUUAUGGCAGAGUUUUGGGUGAUCUUCAAUCAGUUAUGGCCAUCAGAUAUUCGACAGCACCCCGGAGAUUCACACCCCGAGCCUGGGCAACUCGGGAGAUUGACUACAAAUCAACACUCCGCACAAUCGCAGCAGUUUCAAAGAAAGAGACAAAGGGAGGACGACGGGGAAGACUUUGAUAGAGGUAGUGACAGAAGUCAUCAGCCCCCAAGCCAGUCCACACCACCAGCAAAUGGCCCUACCGAGCGCCCCAAGUUUGCCUGCAUGUUUCGGAAGCAUGACCCGUGCCGGUAUAGUAUCUACUCUCAUCGUUCUUGCGCGUUGUCGCAUUGGCCAAGCAUCGCUCGAGUGAAGGAACAUCUCAACAGGAAGCACCAAAUGGCACCAUAUUGCGAACGAUGCUGGCAGACUUUCGAUAAUCAGCAGAUCCUGAACGCACACAUUACUGUCGACGCCACUGAAAUCUGCCAGGUGAAGCCUGGCCAUCCACCUGAUGGGCUCACGCCUGAGAUGGAGAGGAAGUUGAGGAGUAGGAAGAAGGCUCACCGAGAUCAGACCGAUGAAGAUCGAUGGAGAGAUAUGUAUCGACUUUUGUUUCCGAAUGAAGAUGUUCCCUCACCUUAUUUUGAGCCAAUGCAAGACGGAGCUCCCUUAUCGCCUGAUUCUUGGGACCUCGCAAACUAUGAAGAGUAUGCACGCCGGGAGCUGCCACGUCUAGUAAGGGCGAGUGUGCUGGAGGUCUUCAGUCGGGAGAUGCAACCAGUUGAGGCAUCGCUCAUUGCGAAUCUGGUUGACACCAUUCAAGAAUGCCAAGCUAGGCUGUUCAGGUCUUAUUCGGAGAGGAUGAACGAGGAUCAACAAGCAGACAUUCAGUCUAUCUCGAUGACAGAUGCUCUGAUAAGCCCUCCGUCUCCAAGUCCUCGGGAUCUGUCCCUCGGCCCCCAAUAUCCCUCCGUUGAGAGAAUGUCGAUGCACACACCUUCGAACUUUUUAAAUGCAGCAUUUCAACAACCGCCUCCUCUUCAAGAUACGGCAUUUGAGCCCAAUUUUCAGAGUCACGAGCCAAUGCACGACCCACAGGCUUUUAACACAAUUGGUGCCUCUCUUUCAUCGUUGAGCGAAACUGUACUCUCCAGUCCCGGAUACGGCAGCGAGCACACAGCAGCAACUAGCAGUUCUCAGAGAAAAGCCGCGGAUAGCACUUGCCCUCAGGGGGGACCAGAUAGUCAAGAUGAUACCUUCAGGUGGCAGGAUUGGAACAAUGAGCCUUCCUGGGGUGAGUGGUUCAGUGCUGAUUGAUCCGCGAGAGAUGGGUUGCAGACCCAAGCAGAUGUCUACGGAGACAACAACUCUGUCCACAGUCCAGAAAUAGUGUUAUACCUCGUUCUUAAGACUCACUGGGGAUUUAUCCAUGCGAAGCGCAUCCAUACGCCUUUCCAUUGUUCCUGGAUGGACCAAAUAAGACGAUUCUUGUAUAUUCAUACUUAAGUCCAUCUGAGUCUUACGUUUUACCUCGUACCUUCCUUCAUUUCAGCGCGUUUAAUGU